AUGUCAGCACCAAACCCAAAAGCAUUUCCUUUGGCCGAUGAGGCGUUGAGCCAACAAAUCUUGGACGUUGUUCAACAGGCUUCGAACUUGAGACAAUUGAAGAAGGGUGCAAAUGAGGCGACCAAGACUUUGAACCGUGGUAUCUCGGAAUUUAUCAUCAUGGCUGCUGACUGUGAGCCAAUUGAAAUUUUGUUGCACCUGCCAUUGUUGUGUGAGGACAAGAACGUUCCAUAUGUGUUUGUUCCUUCGAGAGUUGCCUUGGGCAGAGCUUGUGGUGUGUCGAGGCCUGUUAUUGCAGCUUCGAUUACCACCAACGAUGCUUCUUCGAUCAAGAACCAAAUUUACGCCGUUAAGGACAAGAUCGAGACCUUGUUGAUCUAG